AUGUUCUCAGCAGCUCGUGCCGCCAAACCAAAGCUUUCUUUGAGCAUCUCCGCUGCCACCAGCAACACGGCCUCUCUCUCCCUCAAAUCCCCAGCCGCCCUCUCCAUACCCAGAACGCCACUGUCACCACGGAGUCCAGCUGCAUACAACACCACUCAAAGCUCUAGAUUCACCCAGCCAUGCUACUCGACUUACAGCAACUCAUGCAACGCCAAAAGCAUCCUCAAAAAGACACAGUCGUCGUCGAGUGGUGUUGCCGACAAGAGAACAAGAUUUAACACCGAACCAGAGGUCCGCUACCUUACACCAAUAGAGAACCACGAUGAAUACUAUGGUAGCAGCAGUUCUGCCAUGUCCAGGGAAGAUAGACGAGAGAGACGGUGGGCCCGUGCCACCGCUGGCUACUCUUGA